CGUCGGAGACCGAAGAUGGCGGCCUCUGCCGGCAGUGCAAGAAGGAAGCUGGAGGAGGAAGGGGCGAGAGUCGUGGUGUGCGCGACGGCGUUGCUGCUGCUUCUGCUCCCUCUGAUGGGAGAACUGGCCGCUGGCGGGAAGAUGAAAGUCGUGGAGGAGCCCAACAGCUUCGGGCUCAACAACCCCUUCCUGCCUCCGUCAAACCGUCUCCAGCCCAAAGCGUCCCCUUCGCCUGUGGCAGGGCCUGCACAUCUUUUUAGGCUGGCGGGAAAGUGCUUCAGUUAUGUCGAAUCCAUGUACAAGUAUGAGUUCUGCCCCUUCCAUAAUGUCACCCAGCAUGAGCAGACUUUCCGGUGGAAUGCCUACAGUGGAAUUCUCGGAAUCUGGCAUGAAUGGGAAAUUGAAAACAAUACAUUUGUUGGUAUGUGGAUGAGAGAUGGAGAUUCAUGUGAAACCAGGAACCGACAAACAAAGGUUCUUCUUGUCUGUGGAAAGAACAACAAACUGGCUCACGUGUCGGAACCCAGCACUUGUGUUUAUUCUCUUACAUUUGAAACUCCACUAGUUUGCCACCCACAUUCUCUCUUAGUCUAUCCAGCUUUGCCUGAAACCCUCCGGAAGAAGUGGGAUGAAGUAGAACAGUUGCUUUAUGCCGAGCUGAUCACAAAACAGGGAUACAAGAAACGGUUGAAAGAGAUAUUUGAAGAAGCAGGCUUUUUCAAAUUAACUGGAGAGAAAGUGAGUGAGGGAAAGAAAACAAAGCCUCAACACCUGGAAUUUGAUUCACUGGAAAAGUGCAAUAAGGAGUACAAAGAACUUUCUAAAGAUCUGAAGAAGCUUACAGAUUUACUUACUCAACAUGGAAUUUCAUAUGAAACAAGCCUAAAUGGAAACAGAGAUGAUAACCGUGCCACUCAGGCGGUUGUGACAGAAAAGCCAGCUCUUACUGUUGUUUCAAAGGCCGAUUGGCACCUGCGUGGAGACACAGGAACAUGGAAUGACUCCCUCUAAGGAAGAAAUCCCCCUGGACAACUCACUCAGCAUUUGGGAUUUUCACAGCAAUUAGAAUGUGGUUGUACUUGGGUUAUGGAACCUGUGACCCCUCAGAUGAGGCUGGAGUAUAGCUUCCAUCUUUCAGGACCUGAAGGGAGCUGGGAUUGAACAAGAAGCAUAUGGAAAGUCACAGGUUUCCUUUCCCUCUUCUGUACCCCACAGGGAAGAGCAGAAACUGUUAAAUAUAGGACUGUCUUUUCAGCAGGCCAGUACCUGGUAGGAGCCUCUGCUGCCAACUCAGGACUCUCUUUUGGAGUGAAGGCAAAGGAGGGCUGCCCAUUGAAGCUGUGGCAGCCUUUUUGAGCUUUGUGUCUUACUGCUUCGUAACAGAGAAUGCUGCAAGUGAGGGCAGCAGUAUUAUGUACUGUGUGGUGUCUUGUGCCAGAAGAGGAUCCAUCCAAUAAAUUCCAGUCCUUAGAAUUUUA